AUCUUCUCUCUGGACAGUCUUAGUAUUCAGCUUCAUCAUGGCUGAACGCCUGCUGUUUGUCAUCCUCAUGUAUUCCUUUCACGAGGUUCAAGCACACGCUCUUCUUCCACCUAAACUGACAGUGAAUCCAGCGGUGAUCACAGCGACAGAAACAGUCACACUGAACUGUCAGUCUCCAUCAUCUGUUUCUGUGUCUCAGUGUUAUUUCUACACUUUAAGUGGAGGAACGUUCAGAGACUUCUCAUGUCUGCAAACACUGACAGGAACUGAGCUGCUGAAGAUGUCGCAUCAAAGUUUACCUGCUGAGGUUCAAGUGAAAUGUUACUACACCGUAAAGGAUGGAGACAGAAAUUCUCAAUCUCCACACAGUGACACAUCCUCCAUCACCAUACACGCUCUUCUUCCACCUAAACUGACAGUGAAUCCACCAGUGAUCACAGAGACCGACUCAGUCACACUGAACUGUCAGACUCCAUCAUCUGUUUCUGUGUCUCAGUGUUAUCUUCACAUUUUAAGUGAAGGAACUGUCAAAGUACUCUCUUGUCCGCAGACACUGACAGGAACCAAGCUGCUGAAGAUGGCAAAUAAGAAGUCAUCUGCUGAGGUUAAAGUGAAAUGUUACUACUUUGUAAACGUUGGAGAGAAAAAGUAUCCAUCUCCACACAGUGACACAUCCUCUAUCACCAUACACAAUAUUGUGGCAGGAGAGUCAAGCAUUAUCCAGGCAAUGCCAACCAUUACUAUGACCACAGAUUUGACUGAUAGCAGCCCAGGUGUUUCCACGACUCCUGUGAAACCAGCAAUGGAUAUUAAAGAGGUGACACAGACUAUGCAGUCUUCUACUAUGACCACAGGUCUGACUGUUAGCAGGUCUGGUGCUUCCACUCCUGUAACUCCUGCAAAACCAGCAUCAGGUCACCUGACGGUUGGAUCAAGCAACACUGAUAGUUGUAUCUCUACUUCCCUAACACCAGAGGAACCAGCACCAGAUAUUGUGGAAAGAGAGUCAAGCAUGACCCCGACAAUGCCAACAUUUAGUAUGACCAAAGGUCUGACUGUUAGCAGGCGUGGUGCUUCCACUCUGGUAACUCCUGUGAAACGAAUGUCAGGUCAAACUGUUGAUAUGCCAAGUAACACUGGUAGUUCCACCUCUACUUACCUAACACCAGUGAAACAAGCAGCAGCAGAAACGUGGAUAUUGAAGUUUGUAGCAGUUAUGACUGGUUGUGGAGUCAUUGUGGGCGUCAUCUUGCUGGUUUCUGCAAUUCUCUGCAACAAAAAAACUGCAUCUCUUCCACCUAAACUGACAGUGAAUCCACCAGUGAUCAACGAGACCGACUCAGUCACACUGAACUGUCAGACUCCAUCAUCUAAAACCAGCACGUCAGUGUUGCUACGGAGGAAUCAGCAGAGUAAUAGUGACAGCUGCAGACCAAAAGUAAACGUAUCUGGUCUGCUGGCUGGUUAUGAUGAAACUUAUAGUAUCGUCACCUAUGGAUCCACACAUGAGCUGCUUUUCUCUUCCUGAAUGUAGCAUAAGAAUGACAACAGCAGCAGCUCAGAGAUGCCAGCUACAUCAGCCCUCAGAGAUCCAGUGAACAGCACUCCAAAGUUAAUUUUUACAUUAUUACAUAUCAUUUAGCUGACGCUUUUAUCCAAAGCAACUUACAAUU